AUGGAGCGCGAGAGGUGCGCCUCGGGGGCAGCAUCCGCCGCACUCUUCGCCUGGGGUGCAAAUAGCUAUGGGCAACUUGGCCUGGGCCAUAAGGAGGAUGUGCUUUUGCCUCAGCAACUGAAUGACUUCUGUGAACCUGGGUGUGUCAGGAGGAUCACAGGAGGUGGGGGCCACUCUGCCGUUGUCACAGAUGGAGGAGGUCUUUUCGUUUGUGGCCUGAAUAAAGAUGGGCAACUGGGACUUGGUCAUACAGAGAAUGUUUUGUAUUUUACCCCCUGCACAUCACUCCUUGGCUGUCCCAUCCAACAGGUGGCCUGUGGCUGGGAUUUUACCAUUAUACUCACAGAAGGUGGUCAAGUUCUAUCAUGUGGAUCCAACUUGUUUGGCCAAUUAGGAGUUCCUCAUGGGCCUCGAAGAUGUGUGGUUCCCCAGGUCAUUGAGCUCCUGAGAGAGAAGGUUGUGUGUAUUGCUGCUGGACUGAGGCAUGCAUUAGCUGCUACAGCAAGUGGCAUCGUGUUCCAGUGGGGCACUGGUUUGGCAUCAUCUGGACGGCGGUUGUGCCCUGGACAGACUCUCCCAUUGUUUUUGACAGCAAAGGAACCAAGCAGAGUGACAGGCCUAGAGAAUUCUAAAGUAAGAUGCGUUCUUGCUGGCUCAGAUCACUCAGCUUCAUUAACAGAUGCAGGAGAGCUGUAUGUUUGGGGGAGCAACAAGCAUGGGCAACUGGCAACCCAGGCUGUUUUCCUUCCUGUGCCCCAGAAAAUAGAAGUACAUUGUUUUCAGAAUGAAAAGGUCACUGCCAUCUGGAGUGGGUGGACACACCUGGUCGCCCAGACAGAAACUGGCAAGGUGUUUACCUGGGGCCGAGCAGACUACGGUCAACUAGGGAGGAAGCUGGAGGCUCAGGAAGGCUGGAAACAAGAGGAACAGGAUUCAUCCCUCCCCUGCUUGACACCACAGAACAGCGUGCCUUCGUCUCUGCUUUGCUUAACAGGAGCAACUGAGGUCUCUUGUGGCUCAGAGCAUAAUCUGGCAGUGAUUGGUGGGUCGUGCUACUCUUGGGGCUGGAACGAGCAUGGAAUGUGCGGGGACGGCACUGAAGCCAACAUCUGGGCCCCCAUGCCAGUGCAGGCUCUGCGGUCGUCACUGGGACUCCAUGUGGGCUGUGGAGCUGGCCACUCCCUGGCCCUCUGCCAGCUGCCAGCGCUUCCUGCACUUGGCCAGGGCCUGAAGGUCAUGGACCCUUUCCCAGAUGCUACCGAAGACGCCGAAUCUCAGGACAGUGGACAAAGAGAGAAACUAGAAGGAAAGACAAUCAGAAACUUCAACCAGUCUGAGGGGUCCAGAAGUGGGGGACUUGUGACAGAGAGCAUUUAA